AUGUCAAUUUUCGGAACUCCCUCCAUGUUCGGUCGGCCUAUCGACCCUUUCCAGCACCUCAUGAACAUGCGGUGUGCCCACGAGGCUGCCCACAACCGGUUCCGGACCCAGAUGUCCUCGUCUGACCCCGAAGUGCGACAAACUGGUCUUUCCAACCACCACUUGUACCUCAAGCAGCUGCUGGACGAGCAGGCCGGCUACGAAACAGACCUGUUCAAGUGUCUGAAACAUAUCGACCGGGCCGUGGCCCAGUGGACCGAGCUGUACCGCCUGGGCAAGCGCUCGGAAGCUCAGCGGGUCUGCAACUCGAUUGCCUUCGAGUUCAGAGACACUUGUAUGACUCUGGGAUUUCGAGCGCUGAGCCAGAAGGAGAAGAACGAGCUGCUUCUCGACAUUUGUCUGGCGUACGAGGAAGACAUGGGCGCCAACCAGCUGCGAAACUACAAGUUGUAG